CGGGACUGAAAAGAGAGAAGACACACUCAACGCAAGGAGAUUUACAUUUUUUACUUAUAAAGAGAUCCGCAUACAGAUCAGAUCAAAAUGGGUGAUGUCCCAAUUGACCUGAUUGUCUCAUUGGCCACAACGGUGGUAAAGAUGGCCAUGAAUGUGAAGACCAACAAGGAGCGUUGUGAGCGUGUGGCCAAGCGGGUGAUUGCUCUGCAGGAACUGGUGCUGAAGCUGAAGGAGAGGGACCCCCGAAGGAUCUCUGAGGUGGUCCGAAAUGCUCUCAACGAACUGUCUGCCACUCUGGUCAACGCUCGUGACACCAUGAGAAAGUACCAGCAACAGACUAACAUCGUCAAAACUUUUGUUCUCAGCAGCGCUCACGAAGACAAAUUUCUCAAAAUCAACGAACGGCUGGAUGACACUUUCCAAGUCCUUUCCGGGGCUUUGCAAAUUGAACACGGAGAAGUGUUGAACCAAGUGUUGAACGCUGUAGCUGGAAAAAAUAAUGAAAUAACCCAGCCCAAACAACCCUUUCCAAUAGGAUUCUCCAACAUGUGUGGGCCUUCACAUCAGCCUAGCCCUACUUUCCAAAUACCAACUCAGAAUAUUACACCAACAGUUCCAAGUGUUGUCCCAACUAGCUCUACGUCUCCAAUCCCCACCCAGAAUCCACCAAAGAUCCCGACCAUCACAGUUACCGGUGCCCUAAACCCUCCUUACCCUCCCGCCCAAAGACCCACCUAUAAUCCUAAUAGCCUUUCAGUUCCAACGAUACAUGUCUCUGUCCCGUGCUCAAUGCCCCCCCGAGUGGUAACUGUACCACCCCCUUCCCCUGUGCAUCCCAUCAUUACCAUGCAGAGUGUUUAUGGGACAUUACCCGCAGGGUCCAUAGUCACUAGAACAGCGCCCCCUAUGGUUUAUGCCAACGCCAUGGCCCCCCCACAGAUGAUUGUGACUAUGCCACCACCUCGUCCAGUGCUCACUAAUCCAGGAUUGGUGACAGUAGUUAUGACCAGACCUGUUUAAAGGAGACAUAUCUGAACCACAAUUAAAGGGGUAAUAUGUAACUUUUCAAAUAGCGGUCCCUGCCUUAUGAUGAGCGAUGAAUGAUAUAAUAUUAUAUAGAACUUUGCAUUAUACAUGAUCUCUUUUAAAUAUUUUACUCCAUUUUGUAGGCUAAAGUGUGUCUUAACUGUGUUUUGGGAUCACCACAGAAAAAUCACACCAGGCACAAUUACCAGGAAUUUACACAUUGUGUUUUGUUUUCAACAGAUAUAAUUUUUGGCGUGUCCAUUUAUCCAUACUUUGAAACAGAGAAUAUGUUGUAGGCCUUAUGUUUGAAUUGCAGACAAAACUGAGUUUGUACUUUAAUGAACAAUAUUGACAACUGAAACUGAAUGAUAAUGGAAUUGAUUUUUCAAGCUUAAUAUUAGUAUUAGUUUUUAAGAAUAAAUUCA